AUGAAGGAACUGAAUUACACUCCAUUAGAUGUUAUAGACACCAAAUUAACAGUUUCCAGUGAAUGCUUCUUCGAAAGACAAAAAGAAUUAUCUCAUGCUACAAAUAUUAGGAAGACAGACCUUCAAUUUAGGAUUAAACAAUUAAAAACGCUAUACUAUGCUAUUAAGAAGAAUGAAAAGAAUCUGAUUGAUGCAAUGUACGAGGAUUAUCACCGUGCUCCACAAGAAUCGAUGCAAUUAGAAUUAAUUCCGCUGUAUAAUGACAUUUUGAAUAUGAUCAAAAGUCUGUCGAAAUGGAUGAAGCCGAGACGUAUAUAUGACAUGUCACCUACUUACAUGUUGGGUAAAACUUAUGUUGAAAAGAUUGCCAUGGGUAGUGUUUUAGUAAUAUCUCCAUGCAAUUUCCCUGUUCUAUUAGCUUUAACUCCUGUUGCAAACGCAAUUGCCGCCGGUAAUACCGUUAUUUUAAAACCAAGUGAGAUGACUCCAGCUACUGCCAUUCAAAUGCAACAAUUAAUUGAAAAUGCUUGUUUCCCUCAUGGAUUGUUACAAGUUGUCCAGGGUGCUAUUCCAGAGACUUCCCAAUUAAUCAAAUCUAAGACCUUAAAUAUGAUUUUUUACACAGGUUCCCCAAAGGUUGGUUCCAUCGUAGCUCAAGAGGCAGCCAAGAACUUAGUUCCAUGUGUUUUAGAACUUGGUGGUAAAUCUCCAGCAUUUAUGACUAAGAAAUUUGAUAUCAAUAAUAAUUCUAAGUUGAAGACUGCUAUUAAGAGAAUAUUUUUUGGUGCAUUUAGCAAUGGUGGACAAAUUUGUGUUACACCUGAUUAUUUGCUAGUCCAUGAAUCUAUUUAUGAUAAAGUAGUAGAACAAGCCAAAAUUGUUUUGAAUGAAAUGUAUCCUACUUUUAAUGGUGAUUUAGAUUACACACAUACAAUUGGACCAAGAGGAUAUAAUGCAAUUAUUAAGAAAUUGGAGGAAUCAAGUGGCACUAAAUAUAUACCUCAGUCUGCUAACGGAUUUGUUUCCAAUGAAGAAAAGGGCCAAUAUUGUAUACCACCAACACUGAUUUUGGAUUGUUCAUGGGAUGAUUCAUUAAUGGAGGAAGAGAAUUUUGGUCCUGUAUUACCAAUUUACAAAUACUCUGUACUAGAUGAAACUUUAGAUAUGAUUAUUAAAAAAAAUGAUCAACCUUUAGUUCAAUAUAUUUUUUCUGAUUCUGAACACGAGAGACAACAUAUUUUAACUCGUUUAAGAUCUGGGGACUGUAUUAUUGGUGAUACUAUAAUUCAUGUAGCUAUUCAAGAUGCUCCAUUUGGUGGUAUCGGUAACUCCGGAUAUGGUAAUUAUGGUGGUGUUUAUGGAUUUGAUGCUUUCACCAACGAGAGAACUGUUUUCAAACAACCAUACUGGAUGGAUAAAAUGCUAUUUAUGAGAUAUCCACCAUAUAACGAAACGAAAUUAAAGUUAGUGGAGGCUGCCACGGAACAACAACCAUGGUUCGAUGAGGAUGGAAACAACCGUUGGUACCGUAAUAAAUUCUUCUAUUUAUUCACAGUCGUUGGUGUGGCUGUUGCUGCUGCUUGUAAUCAAUAUGCUUAA